UUCUAUUUGGGUCACCCAAUACGUCACCACCUCUUCGACAUUUCUGAUUUUAUCACCCAGUACGUCACCCCAGCCCAUCUCCUCCCUCUCUAUAUAUACCAUUUAACUCCAUUGAAGGUAGCUCACACUUCCAUAUCUAUGUGUCUCUCACAUUUAACUACUCGAACUGCAUUAAGCUUCAACACCAAAACCAUCAGUUAAGAAUCUGCAAGACUGCAACAAAGAAAAUGGCGAUGUCUCACGAGCAAGAACACCCCAAGAAGGCAUUUGGAUGGGCUGCAAGAGAUUCAUCUGGUGUUCUCUCUCCCUUCCGUUUCUCCAGAAGGGAAACCGGAGAGAGAGACGUGACGUUCAAAGUGUUGUACUGUGGGAUUUGCCAUUCGGACCUUCACAAUGUCAAGAAUGAAUGGGGCUUCUCUACCUAUCCUCUGGUUCCCGGCCAUGAGAUUGUUGGUGAAGUAACGGAAGUAGGGAGCAAUGUAAAAAAAUUCAAAGUUGGAGACAAAGUCGGUGUUGGAUGCUUAGUGGGAGCUUGCCAAUCUUGUGAUAGUUGUACCGACCACCUUGAGAACUACUGCCCCAAACAAAUACUCACGUACGGUGCCAAGUACUACGACGGAACCACCACCUAUGGAGGUUACUCUGACAUUAUGGUGGCCGAUGAACACUUCAUAGUCCGCAUCCCAAACAACCUACCGCUUGAUAGUGCUGCUCCACUCCUAUGUGCCGGGAUUACAACCUACAGCCCCUUGAGAUAUUAUGGACUAGACAAGCCCGGAAUGCAUGUGGGUGUGGUUGGCCUAGGCGGUUUAGGCCACGUCGCGGUGAAGUUUGCCAAGGCUAUGGGAGUGAAGGUUACAGUGAUCAGUACUUCCCCUAAAAAAGAGGAGGAAGCUAUUAAACACCUUGGAGCUGACUCCUUUUUGGUUAGUCGUGACCAAGAUCAAAUGCAGGCUGCCAUUGGUACCAUGGAUGGGAUCAUUGACACGGUUUCUGCACAACAUCCUCUCUUGCCUUUGAUUGGUUUGUUGAAGUCUCAUGGAAAGCUUGUUAUGGUUGGUGCACCAGAAAAGCCUCUUGAGCUUCCGGUUUUUCCUUUACUCAUGGGAAGGAAGAUGGUAGCUGGUAGCCUCAUUGGAGGUAUGAAGGAGACACAAGAGAUGAUCGAUUUUGCAGCCAAGCACAACAUAACAGCAGACAUCGAGGUUAUCCCAAUUGACUACUUGAACAAUGCCAUGGAGCGCCUUGCCAAAGCAGACGUCAGAUACCGUUUUGUCAUUGACAUUGGAAACACACUGAAGGCUGUAUAUCGAUGAAGAAACAAGAACAGAAGUUGAGACUGAUUCGGGGUCAUAUUCAGUGUUGUUCUUUCUCCAGAGCAUUUUUUGUUGUUCGCUACAUUCAUUCUUCUUCUUCUUUUAAACUCUCUUAUCCUCAUCACAGUAUAAGCAGAAUGUAAUGUGAUGAUUUGAAAUAAAUGAUUACAUGAAUAAUGUUACAGCCUUCUGUGAUGAUUUGAAUAAAUGAAUACAUGAAUAAUGUUACUA